AUGGGACAGAACCAGAAGACACCUCAGCAACACAAUUCAACUCUCUAUAUCUCACCCAUGCUCAACCGGAGAAAAGAGAUUUUCAAAACACCACCAAAUCCAGCAUCAAAACAACCAAAAUUAUUUGAAUCACCCAGCUCCUCUAACAAGUCACUGUUUUUCAAUUUAGACAGAUCAUCUCACAAUUUAACUGUGCAAAGCAAAAGUGAUGAUUCUUUAGCAGGUGCAGAUGUAUUAACGCCGAUUGAUAGGUUGCGUUUAUGGAGACACGACGCAAUUACACAACAUCAAUAUAAAACAGCUGAGUUUCUUAGUGAUAAGAUUCUUGAUAUUACCCGUGACUCAAAUGAUGCAUUCUGGCUAGCUCAAGUGUAUUUCAAUCAAGGAAAUUAUCUACGGUGUAAAGACUUGGUGUUGUGUAAUGAGGAAUUUGCCAAGAGUAUCAUUUGUCGAUAUUUGGCAGGAUACAGUUUGAUUAAGCUAGAGUUGUGGGAUGAAGCAUUGGACGUAAUUGGCGAAACAAAUCCAUUCGAUAAAGACGACCGAUUGAAAAAUGAUGAUGGAGGGGUCAAAUUAGAAGCAUCAAUGUGCUAUUUGCGGGGGUUGAUUUAUAGUGCACAAAGCAAUUUUGAAAAAGCCAGGGAGUGUUAUAAGGAAGCAUUGAGAGUCGAUGUUAAAUGUUAUGAGGCAUUUGAUGAACUAAUCUCGAAUAAUCUCAUGACACCAACUGAAGAAUGGGAUUUUGUCACUAAUGAAUUGAAUUACCAUGAAGUUGACAGUAACGAUGAUUUGAUAAGAUUACUUUAUACUACCAAAUUGAGUAAAUACUUGAAUCAAGACAAGUUCAAUGAAGCGGAACAUAUACUCAGAGAGGAAUAUGAUUUAAAUGAUAAUUGUGAUUUAAUGUUAAGUCAAGCUGACCAAUUAUACGUUCAAAGUAACUUUGACGCCUGUUUGAUUCUUUGUGAAAAGAUACUUGAGAAAGAUCAGUAUAAUUUCGACGUAUUGCCUAAUUAUCUCAGUUGCCUAUAUGAAUUAGGAGGAAGAAACAAGUUAUUUUACAAGAGCCAUCAACUAGCAGAAUUUCAUCCAUCUAAUCCCAUGACAUGGCUAGCUAUUGGUACUUACUACCUCUCGAUAAACAAGAUCAGUGAAGCUAGAAAAUAUUUCAGCAAAGCAACUAUCCUCAACCCCAACUUUGGUCAAGCUUGGAUUGGUUUCGCUCAUACAUUUGCAGCAGAAGGAGAAUACGAGCUGGCCAUAAAUGCUUAUGCUUAUGCAGCUCGAUUGUUCCCCGGUAGCCAUUUACCCAUGUUAUUUCUAGGAAGUACUAAUGUAAAACUAGGUAACCUAAACCUAGCUGAAGAGUAUCUUAAAAAUGCCUAUCAUUUCAAUCAACAUUGUGAACUUACUUUAAAUGAAUUGGGGGUGCUUUACUUCCACAAGAAUAACCUAAUCUCAGCUGAAUCGUAUUUAAAUGCCGCUUUGAAAAUAGCCAAUCGCAGUUCCAAAACAUGGGUAUCAAUAAUGACUAACCUUGGCCACGUAUUAAGAAAACAGGGCAAGUUGUUAUCAGCACUUUCGGUAUUCCACGAAAUAUAUGGUAAUGACGCCAACAUUGCUUCCACUAUUGGUCUUAUUCAUAUGAAGCUAGGUGAGUUUGCUGAAGCGAUCGAAAACUUGCAUAAUGCACUCGCUAUUGAGCCUACUAAUCAAAUUGCUAAGGAUUUAUUAGAUAGAGCAUUGAAAGAAGCUAUAACGUCGGGAUAG